AUGGCAACUGUUCUGGUCGCUAAUGUCCUUUUUGCUAUUUUCAGCAACUCUCAUGCAAUUUGGUGUUAUGUAGGUGAAACCAAAAACAACUCCACUGAUAUACACCCAUGGGACAGCCCAGCGAAUUUUUGCUACAGGAUGACUACUAAAAGUAGAGAUUACAUAUACUACAUGUUCGAUAAUGGCAUCUGCGAGGGGGAGAGGGUUGAGUGCUGGUUGGACGAGGAUGAAGCCGAAUGGUGCUGCUGCAAUACAGACCUGUGCAACUAUAAUUUUACAUUACCCACCACUAUAUCAUCUUCACUUACGAGUGAAACGAAAAACAACAUUACGGAAGUAUGGGAACAUGAAGACAGCCAAGGGCGCUUCUGCUACAGGGUGACCACCAAAGAUAAGGACUACAUAUACUACAGGUUCGAUGAAGGAUUCUGCGAGGAAGUUGGGUGCUAUUUGGACAAGGAUGGCGAUGAAUAUUGUUGCUGCAAUACAGAUUUCUGCAAUUAUAACUUUACAUCGAUCACUACUACUAUCUCCACACAUAAGCCUUCGACUUUAUCCACUAAAAUGUCGCCUCGUAGUUCUAAAGCUUCACCUACACCACUAUCUACAAAUCCUCCUCCUUUCUCAUCCCCGGCUUCAUCAACAACUCUUUCAAUAUCGCAACCUAUAUUCAAUUGUUACUUUUUCCUUGUACAGAGUGUUCUUAUCAUUUUGUACAACACAGCAGCAUGCACCGUCUAG